AUGACUACCUUACAAGCGGACAAGGCCGUCAAAAGCCUUGCAGAAAUUGUGCAAACAGCGCGACACAUUAUUUCUGGCCAUGCCGACAACGACAGCGCCUGCAGCUGUGAUAUCGCAGCAAACUCAGUCCAAAGGGUGUACAACUUCCCUUUCUUUCACCAUCGAGCCCUCGAACUCGUCGAGUCCGCCCUGCGCUCCAGCGGACUCGACCCCCGCGACCUUCGCUUCGAGUACUACCCCGACCUGAACCGCAUCCGACUGAAAAUGCCACCGACCGUUAUUCAUACCGAGCUGAUCAACAGAGUCUCGAAAUCAUUCGAAACUGCUGCGCGGCAAACACUUCCGGAUGUCCGAUACACAGCCGGGUCAAGCGUCCCUAUCAUAUCCGAAGCGGGCCACGAGAGCCAGUUCAUUCCCGAUGGCGGCUGGAACGUGAACGAGUUGGACCAUCGACCACGACUCGUACUUGAAGUAGCCGUCUCACAGACGCGGGACGAAGUUGCCUACAAACUCGAGGAAUACAUCAUCGCGUCCGGGCAUGUGCGCGCCGCUGUCGGGAUCAAGGUUUACUACGAUCCAAGCAACCCAAGAAAGUACGAGGACAUCCUCAGACAUCUCGACCAGUGUUUCGUCGGCCUCUAG